CAACUGCAGUGUGACCAAGCCCCAUUUCUACCCCCUGCCUUAGAUAGCCAGGGUCAUGGACACGUGCAGGUGUCUGAUGUGUGCAGGGAGCUCCUGACCCUUGAACCCAGGACCUCCUUAUGUGGCUUCAGAAUUGCAGAGCAUCGUAUUACCACUACAGCAUUGUGACUGACCAGUUCUUCAUAUUUUAAUUGAGCGUUAUAUCUCUGAAAGACCUCUGGGCAUCUCUACAUUGGUGUCUUACUCAGUAUCCUUAAAAGCAAACUCAAAUGAUUCCAUUUAUGUUAAAAGAUGCACUAUAGGGCCAGCGAGUGGUACGAAGGUUAACACACUGGAUCCCACAUGGCCACCUCCGCAGUCUGAGUCCUGGGCCUGUCUGCCUGAAAAACACACUGGACACGUGUGUGAGCCCACAGUCCAGAGAGAAGUAUAGAGAAGAGAUUGUGGUGUGGCCAUCUCCCCUGAGUUCCAGAUGGCUCAGCAGUGCUUCCAGAAUGAGUAUUUUGACAGCUUGCUGCACGCUUGCAAACCUUGUCACCUCCGAUGUUUCCAUACCCCUCCUCCAACGUGCCAACGUUACUGUAACGCAGGUAUGACCAACUCAGUGAAAGGAACAAAUAUGAUUCUUUGGACCUGUUUGGGCCUGAGCUUGAUAGUUUCUUUGGCAGUUUUCGUACUAAUGUUCUUGCUAAGGAAGAUGAGCUCGCAACCAUUAAAGGAUGAAUUUAAAAACACAGGAUCGAUUUUCCUGGAUGUGGCUAAUGCUGACCUGGACAACAGCAGAACUGAUAAAAUUCUUCUUCCCAGUGGCCUGGGGUACACGGUAGAAGAAUGUACCUGUGAAGACUGUGUCAAACCAAAGGUUGAUUUUGAUCAUUUCUUUCCACUUCCAGCCAUGGAGGAAGGCGCAACCAUUCUUGUCACCACAAAGACCAAUGACUACUGCAAUUGCAUGCCAGGUGCUUUGAGUGUUACAGAGAUAGAAAAAUCAUUGUCUACUAGAUAAUGAACUGUUUUGACUGUUGUAAAGCUCCUUUGAAAAUCUUUCAUCAGAAGGAAAAAGAAGCUACAUCAUUUUUCUUUAGGAAGGCUGUUCUUAUCAGCUGCUGAUACGGCUGUAGCUCUGCUAAUUCUAUAAACUCUAUGUUAGACACACUUUCUACUGAUGGGGGCUUACCUGUGGGAACUUCCAUAGUUUCAUGAUUAAAUUCUUGACUCAAAGAAAAAAAGGUACUGCAAUAUGUAGAUCCCAUAGUUGCCAGCUUCUAUGGGUAGAUCACUUCUCUAUUGUAUAGACAAAUAUACAUUUUGGAACGGAGUGGAUUUUUUUCUUUAUUUGUGAAGAAAAGCAAGGUUAUCUUAUGUACUUUUGUGACUAGGAGAAACCCAGAGUCAGCCAGACUAAGUCAGUGUGCAAUGCAUAGGUGGUUCUUAUCCUUCUGAGCUUCUAGCUUAAUUAAGGAGGCAUCAGAUAUUAUUAUAAUCAUACAAAUAAAUUUCUAAUUGCAAACUGUGAUAAUGGUGUACUAUAUACUGUUUUCACUCCAAAUAUGAGUGUACAACAUUAAUCAUAGGCAUAGGUAAUACUUACACAGCAUUACUAAUGUGCUAGGGACUGCUUUUUAAAAAAAUUUUAAAAA